AUAGCACUUCACAGUGAUAGCGUCGAAUCGCCACUCCCACCUCCGUGUGGUGGCUUCGUCUCGACAUGUGACGAGAUGUAGUCACUUAAGGGCCUUUAAUAACACGGAAAUUUAGGAGUAGAAGAUAUAACGGGUAUUGUGAGCAGUUAAGCGACAUAAUUUAAUGAGCGAUGUUCGUAGAACAAUGGAGUGAACUGUAUUAUUUGAUUUCAUUUCAGUGAUUGCCUCGGCCGUUCAAAACGUGCUUUUGUGGAUCUGGAUCGUCUUUGGCACAUACUUCAGUGAAUGUUUAAUGAAAAUAUUUCCCCUGGAAAUUCGUACGGAAGCAGACGACACUUGCAGACGACAUUUGCCAACGUCGCCAUGAUGCAUCCUCUUGCGCAGCAUCCCCACCAUAUCCUUCCAGGGGGGCUGUCAACGCUGUACCCUACCCUACAGACAUCACCCCCGGGGGUACAACACCACGGCAACACUUCACCAGGGGGACAGACGUCGUUCCGAAUUGAUGACAUUUUAGGCAAUACGACUGGUUCAUCUGUGUCGAACUCUGCACCAGCAAGACCUACGCCUAUCAACCCAGUUGCCCUGCAAUCUAGUCCAAUUUCACAUACAAUUGCACCUCCGAACUUAUACAAGCCCGUGGCAGUGUACGACCCUUCCCUCCUAUCACACAGUUACCUCACAACGCCAAUGGCUUACAACGGAACUCUGCUCAGUCAAAUGUACCCCUUUCCUCCAUAUCGUGCUCACGAGUAUGCCUUGUUGGACGGGAGACAUCAUGCGUUUUCAAAAGUUGGCCCCAAGCCACCCUUUCUCUGGAACCCGUUCAUUCAAAGACCAAUUCAUAAACGAAAAGGCGGUCAAGUGCGGUUUUCAAACGAACAGACCGUUGAGCUAGAGAAGAAGUUUGAAACUCAGAAAUACUUAACUCCACAGGAGAGGAAGAGACUUGCUAAAGUAUUACAGCUCACCGAGAGACAGGUGAAAACCUGGUUCCAGAAUCGGCGGGCGAAAUGGAGACGCCUAAAACAGGACACCCCCACGAGUGAAGAUAACGAGAAACACGAGGCGGAAGACAAAGAAAAGGAAGUGACGUCAGCUGAGGGUGGCGCAGACGAUUGUGAAAUGGCGGGCCAGACGUCAGAAGAGGAAGAUGAGCAAUCUGAGGAUGAAAUAGACGUGGAAAACGAGGCUGAAGGAACAUGAGAAACGGGUAUUAACUCAGGGCAAUUACGCUUCUGAAAAGGGAUUGUGCCAAGGAAAUAUUUCAUUGAAAAAAUACAUACGCGUGAGACAAAUGCUGACGCCCACGUGACUUGACAGGAACUCUCGCGUGACUUAAAAACCAAAGAUGGUGGUGCAUUGCACUGAGAGAAACUGUUCAAAGUGCUGAAGCCCAUAUUACGGAAGAAAUUAAGCCAAGUUGAAAGGCUAUCGGAAGUGCUACAUGUUACUUGCCCUACAUUCGGAAGAGGAAAAGGUAGCGAAACUAAUAAGACGCGGACUGCAUUUUUAUAUAGCAAAUCCUGAAUAGGGUCAUUAGAAAACUAUACUAAAACAAGAAUAUUUCAUGUUUUGAUGAAAAUUCAAUUGUGUCCUUGCAAUGCAGGCAGUAUAAUACAAGGAAACUCGUUAAACCGAACUUCGUUUAAUUCGAUAUAAUCUCUAACUGGUGGUUCCGCCAGUAGAAAUUUCCGAUACUACGGUCUAAUACAAGUAGAACGUUUGUCUCGAACUACGAGUACUUCGAGUUAACGAGGAUUAACUGAAUUUACUGUAUCGAACUCAUUUACACUAAAAUAAGCAAUAAUUUUAUAAUAAAUUUUUAGGAUCCCUGGACCCACUGUGUUAUAAUUGAAAGGGUUCCGGGUGUAAAAUGGCUUACACUAUUACGCUGUAUCCGCCGCGGUGACGUUCUUAGAACGAAUAUUCUCAUCAUUAUUUCAUUUGACAUUCUAUUUGAUACUGACGUUCGGAUAAGGAACAGGCUGUAUCUCUUUAAUGAACAUGCAAUUGUCACUAAACGUCACUGAACGUCACUUAACGCCACUCAACGUCAGCCAACAAGUGACGUGCUGUCGCAACACGCAACUGCAAUAAUACAUCAUAUCAAAUACAUUCCAUAAUAAACAUGCCUUGUCAAUAAAUAGACAGAAUAUAAACAAUUAUAGCAUGUACACAACUGCUCUAUGAUUCUAAUUUAUACAUAAAUAUAAGCCAAUCAUUUACCGUAUUCAGCCGUCUUGUUAAUGCUUUGCACCCAGGGCUUUGUUAAACUUUUGCCGCUACCAUGUUUGUACAUAGUAUUGUUCAGUGGUAUAAUGUUAUAUGUGUCCGUUGGUAUUUAACGACCACACGAUCCGCUUUAACAUUGUCGUAUGUGAAGGUAUGAAUGUAAAUCUAUGCAAGUUAUGUAUAAUGUAUGUAAAUAAAAGAUACUUAAUUCUC